AAAUUUCAAUCAAAACCUUCAUGGAUAAUUCUACCAGUGCAUUAUUAAUAGAUUGUGUUAUUUGUGCCUGUGGAUUGUGUUUGGUUUUGUACUACGAGUUCUAUUUAUUUUAUUUUCGUGAGGAACAGUGAAUGAAAUGCAAUGAGUAAUAAACAGUACUAUGCAUAGAAAACUCGAGCAUUAUUGGAGUGCAGUAAGUUUCCAAAAUAAACACAAGUGAUGGUGCCUUUGAUGAAGAAGUUGACAUGUGAUCUCCUGGAUCCAUUGAAAAAGUUGAAGAAGAAGAAUGUCUCGUUUAGUCUACCCGCUGACGUUGGAGCAGCUACAGUACUGGCACAAUCGGUGACCUUGGGAAUGAUUGCUGGCUGGCCAACAGUCAGUGUACCUCUAUUACUUGCCGGUCAUGGCCCUGUUUCUACCACACCUGAUCAGGUUUCCUGGCUGACAACCCUUCACUUCCUGGGCAACCUCCUAAGCCCAGUCCCAGCCGGCUUCCUGAUGGACCACUGGGGUCGACGUACCACUCUGACGGUGGCCUCCAUCCUGCCAGUGGUGGCGUGGCCUGUGGUGGCCCUGUGUGACACCACCACUCAGCUGGUGGUGGCCUGGUUUGUGGUGGGCAUGUGGUCCGGUGUCGUCUACACUGUGGUGCCUGUCUAUCUGGGAGAGAUUGCCAAGCCGCAACAGAGAGGGUUGUUGGGGACUCUCUUCUCAGCUGCUAGACGCCUAGGAGCCGCAACCGAGUUUGUUCUGGGGCAAGUUCUCACCUACCGCCAGCUGGCCCUCAUUUCGGCCCUACCCGCAAUUCUAUCGGCCCUACUGCUGCUGAGGGCCCCCGAAUCACCCUACUACCUGCUCAGGCGUCGAAGGGACAGGCAGGCUGCAGGUGAAGCCCUUAAACAGCUGAGACCGAUGCAUGAGUCGCAUGACCUUGAAAGGGAGCUGGAUGACAUUGAGAGGUUCGUCAACGAGCGUACCAAGGGAGGUUAUAGGUCCCUGAUAGCAACCGGAACCGGGAGACGAGCUCUUUUCGUGAUGGAAGCUCUAGCAAUACUCCAGCGCCUCUCUGAUACGGGAGCUGUUAUGGGAUAUAUAGCGGCUUCCCUACCUCCUCGUCCCUUGCCUUUCUUAGAGAAACAACAUGCUGUGAUGGGGUUGGAAGCUGCUAAGUUGUUCACAGGACUGAUUUCGACGCUUGUCAUAGAUUUGUUCACCAGAAAAUCGCUGAUGCUGACCGCUUCUCUGGCUUGCACGGCAGCCAUGUUCUGGUCAGGUACCUGGUACCUCCUCGUACCUAAAGGAACCUACAACCUACACUCCACUAACUACGAUCUCCGCACAGGUACAGCGUGGAUGCCCUAUGGAUGUCUGGCCCUCCACCAAGCCGGCUACAGUCUGGGACUGAGUCCAGUGUUCUGGAGCUUGCGGUCUGAGUUGUUUCCCAUGGCAGUGAAGGCUCAGUCAUCAGCUAUCACCACCACUACACUGGCACUAGUUGCCUGUGUCGUUAACAGAAUGUUUUUCAUCAUUGCUCAGGAGUUCGGAAUCUACCUAAACUACUACAUCUUCUGCAUUAGCUGCCUACUAAACGCACUUGUGACUGUAUUCUUCGUGGUGGAGACGGGUGGAAAAACGCUGAGUCAGAUUCAGGAUGACCUUGACGAGGCACCUUCCAAGGACAAUGAGGCAUCAGCUGAUACGAGGACACAGAUACCAGCUGUUUGAUCCAGAAAUAACCAUGGAAUUCAAAGACCUUAAAGAUGCAUAGAUUCACAUGCAGCGGUAGUGUCGUACUUGGAAUUGAAAUCGGCCAUUGAGGGGGCAACCUAUAAGAUUAUUACAUACCAAUGCCUUUGUAAUCUAUAAUAUUACAAAUAUAUAGAUAUAAUAUUUGGUGCUAAAAUACCCCAAUGGUGGCCUUCAAUUUCAAGUAAGAGCUAUCAUUGGGAAGGCAUAGGCAUUGUGGGUCUAUAUUUCUUUAAGGUGUUGAUGGAAUUGUAUAAAUUAAGGGCAAGGAGAGAUAAGCUGAUAUGAGGUCACAGGUACCAGAUGUUUCAUUCAAAGAGACCUUGAAUAGUAUAAGUCAAGGUAUACUGUUUGAACCAGGAAUGACCUUGAAAUUGUAUAAGUCAAGGAUAUAGAGAGAUCAGCUGAUUGAGGACUCAAAGUUCGAUUAUGCAAAGCUGAUUUGAAGGGCUAUUCAAUCCAAAGAUAACCUUGGCACUGUAUUAGUCAAGAUCGAGGAAGCAUCAGCUGAUUGGAGGACGCAAAUACCAGCUGUUUGAAUCAGGAAUGACCUUGGAAUUGUAUGAUUUAAUUUUUUUGUCAUUCAGAAUAUUACACAACUCACAGAAAAGUACCACCGGCUUAUAAGCCCAAAACGGUUCUAAUUCUAAUUUAUACAACAGUCCAAAUGUAGCUAGGUUAUGUGUCACUUAACAUUCUUCAAUUACACACUCAAUUACAGUUCAAACAACACAAUAAUCAUUUUUAAAUUAGAAAAAUACUCCAAAAGGAAGUAUUAUAAGUCAGGGAUGAAGAGAUAUCAGCUGAUUGAGGACUCCAAGUUCGAUUAUGCAAAGCAGAUUCGAAGGGCUGUUUAAUCCAAGAUAACCUUGGCACUGUAUUAGUCAAGGACGAUCAGCUGAUUGGAGAACGCAAAUACCAGCUGUUUGUUUCAGGAAUGACCUUGGAAUCUUAGACCAGUUAUAGAAUAGACAGGCUCCAUUGUAUAGUCACACUGAAAGUCGAUGAAACCAACAUCUACUGCCAUAUCGCCCCAUCGUGACGUCAGCAUCGUCAUAUAACCAUCCUUAUAAUAAUAAUUAUAUAAUUAGUUCUUUAAUAAUGUACUUCCAUCUGGAAUCUUCUAUGGAAAACAAUAUAAACUAACUACAGAAAAGUUUUCUAUACGAUGCUGACGUCACGAUGGGGCGAUAUGGCAGUAGAUGUUAACUUCAUUGACUUUCAGUAUGGGGCGUGUGUAUUCUAUAACUUGUCUAAGCUUGGAAUCGUAGAAAUGGAGGGCAAGUGUUUGAACCAGGAAUUACAUUGUCAUUUUAUGAAUAUGUCAAGAUGUUUAUGAUUUCUCAUUUUCAAGAACUUGUCUCUAGAAAUCACAGUCAUAAGAAAACCCAUGUUAUUGUUCUCCUUGU